CUCUAAAAAAAAGCGAAAAUCAUCUUGGGAAUUUGCAGAAAACAUUUAAGCUUCAAUAUACCAAUCUAAAGAAUGGCCAACGUGGAAUCGCUGUACAAAGAACUGACCGCCGAGUGGUCAAAGCGGCCACCAAACACCGUCAAAUGCGGCCAGCUGCUGGAUCAACUGAAAGUAGCGCUCGUGAAGAUGGCCUUCCUGCCGACGGACGGAAACGAUGCCCAGAGCUCCAAGAAGCAAUUGAUCCUGGCUAGGAGCGUGCUUGAGGUGGCCGUGGAGCAUAGCGUGCUCAGCAAGGACCUGCUCGCCUUCGAGCGCUACAUGGCGCAGCUGAAGUGCUAUUACUAUGACUACGCUAAGAUCAUUGGCGAAUCGGAGAGCAAGUAUAAGCUGCUCGGUCUGAAUCUGCUGUACCUCUUGUCUGGCAACCGGGUAUCCGACUUUCACACGGAACUGGAGCUGCUCUCCGUGGACGUCAUCCAGCACAAUCAGUUCAUUCGGCCCAUCCUGGCGCUCGAGCAGUACAUCAUGGAGGGACGCUACAACAAGAUCUUUCAGGCCAAGUCGACGGUGCCCGUCGAGGUGUAUAGCUACUUUAUGGAUCUUCUGUUGGAAACGGUGCGCGAUGAAAUUGGUGCCUGCAUCGAGAAGUCCUACGACAAGAUCUCCGCCAAGGAUGCAGCCAAGCGGCUCAACCUGCGCGUCCCCGACGAGAUCAAGGCCUUCGGCGCGAAGCGUCAAUGGAAACUGGAGGCUAGCGGCGACUACAGCUUCACGGACCGUAGCGUCAAACCCAAGGAGCUCCUGCCCUCCGAGGAACUCGCCGAGCAGGUGCUCAGCUACGCCCGCGACCUCGAGAUGAUAGUUUAAGUCGCAAAGCAGCCGUUAAUAAACGACAGAGUAAGGUUAAGAAAACAGUUCUAACACGCUGGAUACCACAAUUUUUAUAAUAAUAUGUAAUUACAUUGAAAACAACAAGAAAUUAAAUUUAAAACUCC